AUGAAUUCUAAAUAUUCACAUAGAUCUAUUAGUGUAAAACGAGAUUUAUAUUCAUUGAAUCAAAGUGUUUCGUCACCAUCAUCAUUGUCCUCAUCAUCAACAACAACAACAACAACAGCAAUAUCGUCGUCUUCUUCAAAGACUGUUGAUUCACAGCAUAGUGGAUAUGUUAUUGUAUAUUCGGUCACGGCAAAUGAUGUUAUUUAUUCAAUUAAGCAUAAAUGGAGAAUAAAUAAUGAAUUAACGUCGUCAAAUCUUUUGGGAACAAUUUAUAUCGUGUUUAUUGUCAGUUGUCUUAUAUUAUUACUCUUGUUUACUUCAAUAACAAUAUUCAUUGUGUUUAUUAUUAAGAGAAAUCGUCUAAAUCAGACAAAAUUCAUUGGACUACAUACUGUUGAAUAUUGUGAAGAUGAAGAAGAUGGAUAUGAAUUACGUGAAGAGUACAAAUCCCCAGUUAUUCCUUUAAAAAUUCCGCGACAACCAGAUCCGAUAAACAUUAAUGACUUCAUGAAUUGGUCUGAAAAGAAUAGGAAUAGUUUAAGAGAAGAAUUCAAGUCAUUGAAUAUUCAUUCAUAUAGACAAGAACAAGCGAAACAUCUUACAUGUACCAUUGGUCAACGUCCAGAAAAUCGUCUUCGUAAUAAGUAUCGUAAUCUUUUACCUUUUGAUCAAAAUUAUGUACAAUUGUCAAGUGCCUUGAUAUUACCUGAAUCGGAACAGAUUAAUUCAGUUGAUCAGUCAAAAGAAAAUGGAGUUAUUAUACAUAACGAUGAAAAUACCAAUCAGAAUGAGGACAUUAUCAAUGUCUCUCAAGGACUGCCUGACAUUGGUAGCGAACAAUGGAUUCCAUCCAAUUAUAUGAAUGCUAGUUGGAUCCCAACGCCAGUUGAUCAUACACGCAGUUUAUUCUGGCAAAUGGUUUGGGAUCAUCAUGUUCAUUUGAUUGUUACACUUACUAGAUCAAUGGAAAAUGGUAAAGAAAAAUGUUCUGUCUAUUGGCCGACAGAUAGUGAUAAUGAUGAUGACACCUCCGAAUUAUAUUCCAAUAAAUAUCUUCAAGCUAAUUCAAAACGUAUAGUUCAAUUUGGACGGUUUAAAAUUCAUCUUUUGUCAAAAACAAAUUAUUCAAUAUAUAUUAGACGUAGUUUUAAACUGUACGAUUGUAAAACAUUAAACAAUGAACAAUAUCGAAAUAUUGUUCAAUUGCAUAUGCUUAAUUGGCCCGACUUUUCAACACCAUCAAAAGAAGAUUUUCUUCGUUUACUUUAUGCUUAUUGGACUGAAAGACGUCUUUCAAUGAAUAAUUCACCAGUUCUUGUACAUUGCAGUGCUGGUGUUGGAAGAACUGGUACAUUUAUUUGUUUAGAUCAAUUAUGUCAACAAGUUCGAUAUUAUUUACAACCAAAUUUACAAAUUUUUCUACAUAAAAUGAAUCAAAUCAAUGAACCAAUUUAUGUUAAUUUAAAUAAAGAAGAUAGUGGAGUUGAUGAAGGUGAAGUAGGUGAUUUCAAUGAAGAAUCAUCAUCAGCAUCAUCAUCAUUAUCAUCAAUAUCAAUAAAACUCAAUAAUAGAAAUGAGAAUUUGUCAAAUAAUAAACAAAAUGAAUCCAUGGAAGAUCAUCAUUCAACAAUACACGAAAAUCUUCUUCAUAGAAACUCUUUAAAUAUAUCCAUCGACAAUGAAAAACGUACAAAACGUUUCUUAUUUCAUCGACGAAAUUAUAAUAAUACACAAUCUUUAAAUAUAUUCAAUACUGUUUUAUGGCUACGAUCUAAACGUAGUCAUAUGGUUCAAACGAUGGAUCAAUAUAUAUUUAUCUAUGAAUGUUUAUCAUGUUUUAUUAAACAACUGAAAGAACAAAAUAGAAUCUAUGAAAAUAUAUAA